AAGUGAAACUAUCGCAACACGGAAGUGUCGGAAAGAAAACAAAUAAUCGUUUAAAUUAGUGUCGAAGUGAAGUCGGAGAAGACGCCCUGAGCACCGUUUACCGUCUGAAUAACCUUCUUCUUACCGACGAGCCCGGUUCACGAUGGAAAUGCUAUUUGGUAAAAGAAAGACUCCGGAGGAGAUGCUGAGGCAGAAUCAGAGGGCGCUCAACCGAGCCAUGAGAGAACUGGACCGAGAGCGAAUGAAACUGGAGCAGCAGGAGAAGAAGAUCAUCGCUGACAUUAAGAAAAUGGCCAAACAGGGACAAAUGGACGCUGUAAAGAUCAUGGCCAAGGAUUUGGUUCGCACGAGGCGCUACGUCAAGAAGUUCAUCAUGAUGAAAGCCAACAUUCAGGCCGUCAGUCUAAAGAUCCAGACGCUCAAGUCCAACAACAGCAUGGCGCAGGCUAUGAAAGGCGUCACCAAAGCCAUGGCCACCAUGAACAGACAGCUUAAACUGCCUCAGAUUCAGAAGAUCAUGAUGGAGUUUGAGCGGCAGAGUGAAAUCAUGGACAUGAAAGAGGAGAUGAUGAACGACGCCAUCGACGACGCCAUGGGAGAUGAGGAUGAUGAGGAGGAAAGCGACGCCAUCGUCUCCCAGGUGCUGGACGAGCUGGGCCUGAAUCUGUCCGACGAGCUCUCAAGUCUUCCGAGCACCGGAGGAAGCCUGUCGGUGGCCGGAGGAAAGAAGGCCGAGCCCCAAGCCGCCCUGGCAGACGCCGACGCCGACCUGGAGCAGCGUCUGAACAACCUCCGGAGAGACUGAACGCGCUGCAGGACGACGGGAGCACUGUGGUGACGGCGCGAAUACAGAUACAAACAUACUCGGAUCUCUGUGUCUAGAUUCUUUUGAAGGUGUAACCGGCAGAGCACUAAGCUGCCUCGGCAGACGGGCUCAGUUAUAAAAGGUGUAUGGCUUUCUGUUUGAGGUGUUUUAUGUUUUUUUUUUUUUCAUUUUAUGCGUGUAAUAUGUAUUUUAUCAAAGAAAAAGAAGUCAUUACCCUUCAUAGGUCUAGCAAAUUCUUGUCUCAGUUAAGAUUUUGCCAAACGACAAAUUGAAAGUGAACAUUUCUUUCACUGUCUGUGUAAAUACUAACUCCUCAAGGCAUGAUGCUUUCACAAAUUAACACUAAUUACAAACAGGAACCCAGAUGAAAGCUGGUGAUAUAACAGAGGGUGAAAUUUUCUAUGGUUGAGGUAUAGAAGUGUCAGAGGUUUUUGUACUCGAGGAAGGUUUGGUGUUCUUUGUAUCAUUUUCAUCAAGAAAGUAGACAUUAUUAGCCCCCCAAUUAAUGGAUUUUGAUCAUAUUUGUGAAUGGAACGGAAGAUGGUCUACAAGCAUCUGUCUAAAUUCACUAAUAGGAUGGUUUAUUUGACAGAGAAAGGUAUGUUCAGCUGCCGUGGAAAGAGAGAGAUCAGCAGAAUUUUACACCAAAAUGUUAAUAAGGAGUCAGUGGUGUUUAUUUUUGAGAAACUGUCCUGUUUUUUUUCUUUAUUCAAUAAACAUUUUUUUUCCAGAUUUAAA